CAUUUCCAGUUUUGCGAGCCAUUACAAGCCUCGCCGUCAAUCUCCAAUUCUCCUCGCCCCGCGCCACAAUUCAAGUUUAAGCCCGACUCAAGCCACUCGACCACUCAGUUCACAGCGGAAUCGCGUCGCGACCACAACGGACAACAACGGACUCGGACUCGCCAAGUGAAGUCAGAAGUGUCUCAGAAAACAAUAACAACGGAAAGCGUCUAGGAAAGGUGCGCAGUAUGUUCGUCCUACUCGGAGCCCUCUGUCUGCUGCAGACGGCCAGUUUGGUGCCGGCACAGCUGAUAACGCUGCGCGAUGGCAAGGUGGGCGUGAAUUUCGCAGGAUAUCACGCAGAUGCAGGACUCGGCGGACUCCUCACCGGCAACUCUGCCCACGGCGGACUCAGCGCCUCGGCCGGAACUCCGUGGGGCUCCCGGGCAGCCGCCGGUCUGGGCGGCAAUCUGGAUGGACGUGCAGCCGGCGUGGGCUACGCCGCCGCCCAGGCCAAUCCUUCGGUGGGUGCCAGUGCCCUUCUGGGCGGCAGCGCUGGGGAAACCGGCUACAUUGGAGCCGAGGCCCACAGUCCUCGUCGCACUCUGAUUUCCUCCUCGCAGCACACAGUGCAGCCUGCAUAUCCUGCUGAUCCUGUGCCCGCCUCUCCCACCUCCGGUCCUGUGGUCACCAGCUACAUCCAGAAGGUCAAGCCGCCCAAGAAGUACGCACAAGAUCUGGACCGCAGUGAAAUCAUUGAAAAUCAUGUUAAAGCGGCCGCAGAUGCCGAUGCCGAUGCGGUGGAUAAACACCCGCUCUCCCGCCCCCCUGCCACGCCCUCCGCGCUGAUAAUUGUCAAGCGACCACGCGCACAUGCAAAGCGCCAGCGACAGCGGCAACGUGUCGUAUACGUGAUGCAGCAGGAGCAGCAAAUUCCGGAUGAGGAAGCCCAAAAGGACGAGCCGCAGUCGACCGUAGAGGCGAGAAGCGAUGCCAAGGUGGUCCAGGCGCACAAGUACAAGGCUGUCCAGCGACCCCUCGCCGUGAACAAUCGCUUCCUGGCACCGCAGGCCCAAGGACCCGUGGGUCUGGCCCUCGAUAUUCCCAUUGGCAUCCUGCGCUCCCUGCAGCAAUCCUUGGGCGCCCUGACCGGAGGAGCAGCUCAUCAGCAGCCAGCGGCUGCCGUUGCAGUGGCAGGUGCCCAGGCCAACGACCAUAUUCACUAGAGAUAUGAGAUAUAGUUUGGUUUGCCAUUAGUCACUACACAAAAUCCACUUGCGAGCACAGUAAAUACACGUAUUCAGGGAAUCGAACAGAUCAAUGAAAUGGAAAAUGACAAAUUAAGUAUGAUGCAAACCUUUAAUAAUCACUUACAUUGCUAGUCUACACAUAAGUUUUUUGAUUGCGAAUAAAUACUUUUAAGGGUA